CUCCCUCCCCCCACUGGGCUGGUUGCCAUGGAGAGCUCAUCGGUAGCGUCAGCGUCAUCAGAGGCGGGAAGCACACGCUCGCAGGAGAUCGAGGAGCUGGAGCACUUCAUCGACAGCUACGUGCUGGAGUACCAGGUGCAGGGACUCCUGAGCGACAAAAACGAAACCGAACAGGAUGUGGACAAGACCCCGUCCCACAUCUCACAGUGGACAGAAGACUGCAGUGAUAAGAUUGACGGGAGCUGGUCAUCCUCACGGGGCAGAGGCUCAUCCAAACCA